CACCCAUAUUUCGACCUUCCUCCCUUUCCCGCACCACAUUUUGCUUCACCUCCAUUGUUGAAGUCACAGGUGCUUGGCAGCAGCCAUAGUCCUCUCGAAUGGCCGCACCGCCAUUCUCUGGAGCCCAUUUCGUCUCGGUCUCAACUACCUCUCUUACUCUCUCCUCCACCAUUUGGCAAUUUUAUUUCUCCCUCUAUCUCACACCACUCAUCUCCAUCUCCAGGCAUUGAGGUCCUCCACGAUCUCUGCUAUGCAUUCCCCUCUCUGAUAUGUAUCACAGUCUCGGCGUCCACCGCCUCAUCUACCGGAGCCGCAUGGUGCACUAUAUCAAAACCGGCCUCAUCGAUCACGCCCUCCAGGUGUUCGACGAAAUGACUCAAUCAAAUUGCCGCGUGUUCAGCAUAGAUUACAAUCGCUUCAUUGGAGUGCUGGUCAAGCACUGGCGUUACGACCUCGCCGAGCAUUAUUACUACGAAAUGGCGCCGCAAGGCUUCUCUCUAACCCCAUUCACUUACUCCAGAUUUAUUUCUGGGUUGUGUAAUAUCAAGAAUUUUACCCUCAUUGAGAAGCUUCUUCGAGACAUGGAGAGGCUCGGGUGUGUGCCUGACAUUUGGGCUUUUAAUAUAUAUUUGAAUCUUCUCUGCCAAGAAAAUAGGAUACAGUUGGCUCUGCAAGUGUUUGAUAGGAUGGUUGAGAAGGGGAGAGAGCCGGAUGUUGUGUCGUAUACUAUAGUUAUCGAUGGGUUGUGUAAAGCUGGAAAGUUUGAUAAUGCAGUUGAGGUUUGGAAUUGUAUGAUUAGUAAAGGCUUUAGGCCUGAUACUAUUGCGUGCACCGCGCUUGUUGUUGGUUUGUGUGGAGGUGGAAAGGUUGAUUUGGCUUAUGACCUUGUAAUUGGUGAGAUGAAGGGUGGAGUGAAGUUCAAUAAUUUGAUGUAUAAUGCGCUGAUUAGUGGGUUUUGUCGGGCUCGUAGAAUUGACAAGGCACAGGCAAUUAAGUGGUUUAUGAAGAGGAAUGGGUGCCAGCCGGAUUUGGUGACUCACAAUGUGUUGUUGAAUUAUUGUUGUAAUGAGUUCAUGUUGGAGGAGGCAGAGAAGUUGAUGAAACAAAUGGAGAAGAGUGGGAUGGAACUCGAUGCGUAUAGUUAUAAUGGGUUGCUCAAGGGCCUUUGUAAAGAUAAUAGACCGGAAAAGGCAUAUUUGUUGAUGAGGAACAUGAUGGAGCCAAAAGGUUUGUGUAAUGUUGUUUCAUUUAAUACAAUCAUUACAGCAUUUUGCAAGGCAGGGCAGACUAGAAGGGCAUACAAACUGUUUGAGGAAAUGUUUCAAAAAGAAAUUUUACCUGAUGUGGUUACAUUUACCAUUCUGAUAGAAGCUUUAUUAAGAGAAGGUAGUUCAGAUAUAGCCAAGAAGCUUCUUGAUCAGAUGACAGGGAUGGAUCUGUUACCUGAUCGUAUAUUUUACACUACAAUAAUUGAUCACCUAUGUAAGAGUGGGAAGAUUGCAAUGGCUUUUGAUGUUUUCAAUGAUAUGUUAGAGAAGGGAAUCACCGCUGAUGUGGUUUUGUAUAAUGCACUCAUUAGCGGGCUUUGCAGGGCUUCAAGAGUGACUGAAGCCAUGCAUUUAUAUGAGGAAAUGCAGACUAGAGGAUGCUGUCCUGAUGAGGUAACUUUCAAAGUGAUAAUUAGAGGUCUUAUAAGAGACAAGAGGCUUUCUGUGGCUUGUGGGGUAUGGGAUGAGAUGAUGGAGAAGGGCUUUACUCUGGACAGAGUUCUUUCCCAGACACUGAUUAAUGCUGUCCAUUCAAAAGAUGUUGCAUGAAAAUGGAAAAUGUUUCCAUAUUUUGGAGCAACUGGAUAGUUGGUGAUUUCAUCUCAACAAGCCUGUCUUGUUUCUACCUUGUUCCUCUUCCUGGCAAGUGCAGGAUGGAACCUUGGACAACCAGAUAAUUCGAAGAGCAUCAUGAUUACAUUGUAUGGAUGCACCAUGGCGCUCCUUGAGGUAGUUCUAUGUAGAGGCAGCAGAUCUGUAUCAAGAAUAUUAGUGUGAGAAGACUAUUAAUCCAACUUGGGCUUGAAAUCUGAAUGUGGAUGUGGACAUACAUGGCUUGUUAUA